GUGGAAACCGAAAUAUAUAUAAAGGCUUCUUGUGACGAUUUCAAUUUCAGUAGAGAAGUUGAAAGCUUGCUAUGCACUGGAUGCGGUAGAUAUCAAAAUGGUUUCAAGGGAAUCCUUAGAAAUCUGGAAGGAUAUCAGGAAACGUAAAUCCGAAGAGCAAAAGCAUCUUCUUCGAUGGCAACUUCAAGCAAGGGAGCCGAUCCGUCGACUCUCAGACAUGAAACCAGGCGACCACCUCUUGAUGACAAGAAACCCAGGUAGUUUGUUGGAGUACGCGCACCAUUUUCUCUGCAGCGGAAUAGACGAGAUAAGCGGAAAGCCAAAGAUCAUUCACUAUUAUAACACACCGGGAAAUGCCAUGAAGCAGUUGUUUCCGACCUCCCUCGGUUCCGGUUCAUGUCUCGAACAGUUGGGGAAAAUUCAGGAGGCGACUUUGCCCGACGGAGACUUGAUCGCAAAGAAUGAUGUCGAUUCAGAGACGGACCUGUUAAGAGUCGAAGUGGAAAGGGUUGUUUGGCCGGACGAACUGCGACAAUACUCGACAGAAGAGGUGAUUGCAAGAGCUCUUAGAAGGAUGAACGAGAAGUACUACCAUCUGAUAAACAACAACUGUGAAUCAUUCGUUAUGUGGUGUUUGUGUGACCUUAACAUUAGCUUGCAGGUGACUAAAACGGGGAAAGCCCUCUCGGAGACAUCAAGUGCCGCGAUAAGAACACUUUGGCAUGGGAUUCAGCAGCUACCGAAGGUGGGUGCCGAAAUUUGGGACGACUUUGCAGCGGCUGCAGCUGGAAGAGCUGUGAGAAAUGCCUUCUCGAAACUCGGAAUCGGCAUUGGGGUUGUAUCGACCAUGGUUAUCGAAACCAUUAUGGCAAUUGUGGACAUUCGUAAGGAGUACGCGAAAUGGAGAGGUGGAGUAUUAAAUAAAACAAGAAAAGAGUUCAUCGCGGAAGUGGUUGACAAAGUGAUAUUGGCGCUUUUUCGUACCGGCGGAAGUAUCGCUGGGACGAUUGUAGGUCAAAUUUUUAUUCCUGUUCCAAUCGUUGGUGGCCUCGUUGGAGCUCUACUCGGAAUGUUUGGCGGUCAUUUGGUUGGGAAAUGGUUCUCAGCGCAAACAAAGGAAGCUUUUGGGCAGGCCAUUGACGCACUCAUAAAUGAACUUGAUGAAAUGAAAGCAAAACUUAAAGCUCACUCACAUAAAUUCGAGCAAAACAUAAAAAAUAUAUACUGUUUCUCUCCAAAAUGAAAGACGGUAAAGAUACAGUCUUGUUCUCCACCUAACCAACGAUAGAUAAGCAGCUCAGCGCUGUGUGAUACGAACUUAAUACAUAAUAUCGUCGCCCUAAGUUGGGAUUCUUGACAGACUGCUUUCUCUUCAGCGUUAUUCGUGGAGGUAGUUUAAAGACGUGAAAUGAUAUGCUAAGGAACUAACAACCAAUGCCAAAAACAGGCGUUUGAAAAAAAGAACAAGUGCUUGAUUGUUCAACGAAAGAACGAGUGAGGGAACGAAAGGACUGACUGACUUGACAGAGGAACGGAAGUACGAACCGAUCAAAACGCAAGUAGAAAACGCUGAGUAAUGUAAAUUCAAAUUUAGUUACUACAUAUAGUUGAGACAUGUGAUCUCUCUAAAAAGUUAGAUUUCUAUUAAAGUAGAAUUUAAUAUAUAUUAUAAACUAUGUUAUUGUUUAAAGUCAAUAAAAGGAAAAUUCUAGGUUUAAUUUUGUGUUAGGUUUUUAUUCGUAUCUUUUUAUUUUACAUAUUGACAUAUUUUUUUCUUUGAUGCACUAAUUCAGUCAACAAACGAUUUUCUUCGUCUUCUUCUUCUUCUUCUUCUU